CGACCCAGCGACCACUGAGCUCAGUGGUUUCAACCUACGGUUCCAACAGAAAACUGAAAAUGGUUUUAUGGAAAUUGAAAUCAUGAAUUCAAUCGUACAAAAUGCAUAUUUAGUUAUACAACAGGUACAUGAACACAGACUGUAGUUUGGUUAAGUAAUUUAUUUCAUUUGUGUUAUAAUCACCGGCAUGUUUUUCAAGAGAUAUGAAAUUUAGUGGGAACGUUCCAAGUCAUCUCAUGCAUGUAGUGGCCCUAUAUGACCAUGUGCCUGGUGAAAGUGAUAUAGACCUGGGUGACAAAUGGGCAAUACAGUCACCACAUCCAGAUACACAGUUAAGUUUCUUGAAAGGAGAGACUUUCAGAGUUAUUGGUGAAGUAGAUUGGUGGCUAUAUGUGACUUCAAGUGAUGGAAAGACAGGCUAUAUUCCCAGUAUAUUGACAGCACCUUUGAACACAAAUUGCCUGAACACUGAAUACUCUAAAGUGCUAUCACACCAUGGCGAUGUACCAUCGUGUGUUAUUGAUAAUCAGGUUGAUCUCACCUACUUUCCUGACACACCACUUGAUAGAGACACAGAGUUGCAUCACAGGAAAAAAUCUCCAGAAGGAAAAGCAAACAUAUUUUCCUUGCUCACCUUUUGGUGGAUGACGCAAUUAGUAUGGUUAGGUUUUCGCCGUCCAUUAGUUUUCAAAGACAUGUGGUGUUUAAAAAAGGAACUUUGGUCGGAAAACAUCGGCUCAAAUUUUGAUGAACAUUGGAAACGCGAGAAGGAAAAGGUUUUGAGAAAGCUCAAAAAAUCCAAGUUUGGUAAAAUGACCCCAGUAGAAAAUGGUAGGACAUCUUCGGCGACUGGUGAGCGAGCAGAGCGACCAAAUCUCCUAUAUGAAGUCAAAUACUCCAGCGACAACGACGAAACAACAGAUCAUCCUUCAUUAACGAAGACUUUAUGGAAAGUAUUUGGUCCAUCUUUGAUUCCUGCAAUUUUUGCAAAACUUUGCUAUGAUACACUGGUGUUUGUUCAACCUCAGUUAUUAGGUGCGAUCGUGGAAUAUAUCGAUGACAGAAACCAGCGUGAAUCGUGGGAAGGUCUUGUGUAUGCUGGAGGCUUGUUUCUAGUCGCAAUAAUCCAAACCUUGCUUUUACAACAGUAUUUUAAAAUUGUUAUGGUAAUUGGUCUUCGUAUCCGUACUGCUGUUCUAGGAGUUGUUUACAAAAAGGCAUUAUCCCUAAGCACUAUUUCAAGAAAUCAAUCAACUGUUGGUGAAAUGGUCAAUCUCAUGUCCGUAGAUGCUCAACGGUUAAUGGAUAUUCUUACAUACUUCAAUAUGCUGUGGUCUUCACCUUAUCAAAUCUCGUUAGCAAUUUUCUUUCUUUAUCGUACAAUGGGAAUAUCUGUCCUGGCCGGUGUUGGGGUUAUGUUGGUGCUUUUCCCUCUUAAUUUCAUCAUUGGACGACACCUGCGAAAGUUACAGGUGAAACAGAUGAAUAUUAAAGAUAUAAGAAUAAAAUUGAUGAAUGAAAUUUUGAAUGGUAUUAAAGUCAUAAAAUUUUUCGCAUGGGAAACAUCAUUCAUGUCCAAAGUUUUGGGUAUAAGAAAAGAUGAAUUACGCCAUUUACGGAAAUUUUCUUACUUUAAUGCUGCAUAUAACGUGGUAAUGAGUAGUGCUCCAGUCUUGGUGUCCUUGGCGACAUUUGCGACUUAUGUAUCACUUGGAAAUACGUUAACUGCAUCAAAAGCUUUUGUUGCAUUGGCUCUUUUUCAAGUCCUUCGUUUUCCACUUUCUAUGUUGGCAACUCUUUUGACGAACCUUAUUCAGGCAUUGGUGUCAAUAAAACGAAUACAAAAAUUUUUAAAUAUGGAAGAACUGGAUCCAAAGGGCGUUGAGAGAACUGGUACUAGUGGCAUAGAUCAAGAAAGGGCCGCUAUUGAGAUUACGUCUGGGGCAUUUACUUGGGAAAGCGAGGAACAGCCAACUUUAAAAAGUAUUAAUCUGAAAAUAGAUCAAGGUGGUCUUGUGGCGAUUGUGGGUCAUGUCGGCUGUGGAAAGUCGUCUUUACUCUCCGCCGUGCUGGGAGAAAUUAAGAAACUUGAAGGGCAUGUUUAUCUUCAGGGUUCUACUGCGUACGUUCCUCAACAAGCCUGGAUCCAAAAUACGACAUUGCGGGAAAAUAUUUUAUUUGGCAAAACCUACGAUCCAAAACGUUAUAAUAAAGUCAUGAAUAAUUGUGCCCUUCUUCCUGAUUUGGAAAUAUUACCAGGAGGGGAUUUGACUGAGAUUGGUGAAAAGGGUAUUAAUUUAAGUGGUGGUCAAAAGCAACGUGUGAGUCUUGCUCGUGCUGUAUAUAAUAAUGCUGAUGUGUACUUACUUGAUGACCCUCUUAGUGCUGUUGAUUCUCAUGUUGGAAAACACAUCUUUGAUCAUGUCAUCGGGCCAAAAGGAUGCCUUAAAAAGAAGACAAGAGUUCUGGUAACUCAUCAAGUUCGUUUUCUUCCCCAAGUUGAUUGCAUUAUUGUUCUACGCAAUGGUGUCAUCACAGAGGUUGGCAGCUACCCUCAACUUCAAGCGAACGACGGAGAUUUCGCUGAGUUUUUGCGAACGUACGCUAAAGAACAUGAAGAUGAAAAGGAAGAAUUUAAGACGAGACUAAGAACCAAGUCACAAAUAAGUACAACAGCUCUAACUGUUGAUGACAGAAGCCCGAGUUUUGGUUCAUUAACAAGUGAUUCCGCGCGUGUUAUGGGCAAAGAUGGCCUGUCUGAACCUGAACAACAAACAAAGGAAGACUACAAGAUAAUAAAGGAGGAAACGGCUGAAACGGGACGGGUAAAGUUUGGUGUGUUUAUCUACUACUUCACAUCUUGCGGACUUCUGUUUUUAUUUUUUCUGAAUUUUUUCCUCCUUUGUUCUGAAACCUCAUUGGCUGGUUCUCGUAUCUGGCUCGCUCAUUGGAGUUCCUCAAAUGUUACUGAUAGUUCUGAACAGGACCGAUAUGUUGGUAUUUAUAGCGCUAUGGGUGUUGGUCAAGGAUUCUUCUUACUCUUAGUCGCGAUCACCUCAGCCUACAUGUGUGUAACUGCUUCAACUGUACUACACGAGAGACUAUUAGGAAACUUGUUGAGAUUACCUCUCACCUUUUUUGAGACCACGCCUCUUGGUCGCAUCGUGAACAGAUUCUCAAAAGAUAUAGAUGUCAUUGACACAAUGAUCCCUCGUAGUUUACUGUGGUUCUUUCAGACGUUUGUAUCCAUACUGGGAACUAUUUUUCUGAUAUGUUAUUCAACGCCUUUAUUCAUAACAGUUCUGCUUCCUCUGGCUGUCAUGUACAUGCUUAUACAAAGGCUGUACGUUGCCACAUCACGUCAAUUACAACGCCUGGAGUCAAUCAGCCGCUCGCCAAUUUAUUCCCAUUUCUUUGAAACGUUAAAUGGUGUUAGCACCAUACGGGCGUUUGGCGCUCAACAACGAUUUAUCUCGUUGAAUGAUGUCAAUGUGGAUGAAAAUUCUAUGACGAAAUAUCCAGUUAUAAUUAUCAACAGGUGGCUGGCAGUGCGUUUGGAAUUUAUUGGUAACUGUAUUAUAUUUUUUGCUGCACUGUUUGGUGUGCUCGCCCGUGACAGCGUUGAAAGUGGUUUAGUGGGAUUGUCUAUCACAGUAUCGCUCAGGAUCACAAAUAUAUUGAAUUGGUUAGUGCGACAAACUAGUGAGCUUGAGACACAUAUUGUAUCGGUUGAAAGAGUGAUGGAAUACACAGAAGCCAAUCGGGAGGCAUCCUGGAUAAACUCGUACCAACCACCCGAUAACUGGCCCGAUAAAGGUCAAAUCGAGUUCCAAAAACUGGGUGUUCGUUACAGGGAAGACUUGAAAUUCGCCGUGAAGGAAGUUGAUUGUCAAAUUGAUUCCAAUGAAAAGAUUGGCAUUAUUGGCAGAACAGGCUCUGGUAAAUCUACUCUCACUCUGGCUUUGUUUCGAAUAUUAGAAGCAGUGGAGGGAAGGAUUGUGGUCGAUGGCAUUGACAUUUCAGAUAUUGGGCUGCAUGCGUUACGCUCAAAGAUCACUAUUAUUCCCCAGGAUCCUAUACUGUUUUCUGCUUCACUGCGUUUCAAUUUGGAUCCAUUUGAGAAGCAUACGGAUGAAGAGAUUUGGUCUGUGCUUGAAGUCGCCCAUCUCAAAGUAUUUGUGUCUAGCUUGGAGAACACAUUGAGUUACUCUAUUGCAGAGGGUGGCGAGAAUCUUAGCGUUGGCCAACGUCAACUAGUUUGUCUAGCCCGCGCUUUGCUACGAAGAACAAAAAUUUUGGUUCUUGAUGAAGCAACAGCUGCUGUGGAUUUAGAAACUGAUGAACUUAUUCAACAAACAAUUCGAACAGAAUUUGCUGACUGUACUGUUCUUACUAUCGCACAUCGACUAAACACGAUCAUGGAUUAUACCAGAGUUAUGGUUCUCUCCGAUGGAAAAAUUGUAGAAUUUGAUUCACCUAGCAAUUUGCUUGGCUUGAAAGGGAUAUUUUAUGACAUGGCAAAAGAUUCAAAUCUUGUUCCAUAACGAAUAGUAGAGCAUUGGAUUGAAUGAAACUGCUGCAGAAUCUGCCUUGAACAUUGCUUGGAAAAAUUCAUAUAUAUUAGUGAAUGUUGAGUUACGAAUAGUAUUUUAAAAUUUUCGGGAAUUACGGUGUUGAGACAACAGUUUCACUGAGGCACUGAUGUAUUGAAAUAUUUAUAUUUAUACAUCCGACAGUUUACUCAAGUAAAUAUAUUAU